AUAGAAAGACAUUGGCCGUUGCAGCCAAAUGUUGCUGCUGCUGCCGCUGCCGCCGUCAAAGACCACCGAAAUCAGCGAAUCUGCUGCUCCGCAGUUGUUUGCUGAUGGACCACAGUUUCAAUACAGACGUCGCCAACGGCAGGCGGCUUUUGUGUUAACCCAAUAUAGAAGCAAAGAAAACAAAACAACUAUUUUGGUGGGGGACCUCAACCGGGGGCAGGCGCUCAAAUCUAAUCGAGGGGAAGAAUAGAAGUAUUAUCGUGCUAGGGACGCCCGUCAGUGUGUUCGAAAGCGACGGAUAAUACUAAUGAUAUUGUGAUUGUGUAGGUUUGAGUAGGGAUUAGGGAGACGUGAGUAACAGGAGAGCUCCAGUGAGCUGUUGCACCUUUGGCUGAACAUGGAUUUUUGAGGGACUUUACGUUUAGGAUUCUGAUCAGCUAAUACUACCGCUGUUGCUGCUGCUUCUGCCGCUGCUGCUUCGAUCUUGGCCAAUCGAACAAACUCCAACGUCAAACGACGGCGAGGAUGUUUAGAGUGCUGCAACUCACUCAUCAGUUUCGGUGCGUCUAGAAGGAUCCUCGAAUCAACUCUACCAUCAAGAUGAUAUUACAAAAGCAUAAUAAAGGAGCAUUAAGUGCCGAAUAGCUCAGAAUGUUGUGAAGGAGUGUGAUUGUUUUUGUGUGCGAAGCUCGUUUGUGAAAGGAAUAAGACGCUCGCUGGAGAAACGAAUCCCCAAGAGGGACUGAGCAAGGAAUAAACCGCGAAGGCUACAGAACGAAACCUUACGAGAGCAGGAAAGCUCGCACUGCUACGUCAGGAUUAGAGAUUCAUGCUCAGUCUUCAGUUAUAUUCAUCUAUGUUUUAGUAGCGGCAAGUGGCUCGCGAUUGCGCGGGCUUAGUCCUGCCCGUUGCUCCGUCCGCAGUGCAUGAUAGGCAUUACCAUAAGCUGCACGACUGUCCAUAUGGCUAUCGAAGGAUUAGAAAAAAAGGACAGUUUAGGAGAAGUAAUUGUUAUUUCAUACUGUGCUAGACUUUGAUAGCGUUGGCUAAUGAAGCUGCGACGUUUGAAUACUACCCGCUAUUGCCGCUAUCUGUCGCUGGAUAUUAUGCUCACUAAUUUUCGCAUGUGUGUAUAAUUAUGUGAGCAGGUGUAUUGUAAACGGAUGAUGUAGCUCUACAACAUCGUGUGAUAUGCAAAUCUCUAUAGGGAAUGAGAAUGAAGUUGUGAGUAAUAGAGGAUAAUUUUCACCGCUCAAUUAUAGGAGUAAAGUGUCAGAUUUUUUUUUUAUAGAGUUUAUAGGAUAGCGGAAAACAUAUUACCGUGUACGCCAUUUCACUGUAAGUCAACAAAUACUCUCUUUAAUAAAAUUAGACAUCAUGCUGCCAGAAGAUGUGUCCAUGUAAGCACUCAUCGUUUUCAGGUGCUCUUCAGAGUGAUUUGGAACUGGCCGCUUAUGUUUACAUUGUAAUAAAACAAAUUGAGACUGUAAGCGUACUAUUAAAUGGAACUAAAUAUUGAAAAAUUACCAUCGAUAUGCUUGCGUACGUGCCCUGUUGCUCCUUUGUCAUGAUUAACAUAUAGUAAAUUAUAUUAUUUAACAUUUAGAUGCGACGAUUUUAAUGCAUGAGUACGGCUGUUUCAUUAGCUCAACAACUGUCAAUGCCAAAUUGAUUUUGCUAGGACUUAGCUGGCCGCACUAAAUUCAGAUUUUGUUAUGCAAUUGUUAUAUCUCUGUUCGAUAUCAUGUCGGUCGUCCGUCACAUAAGACGGGACACCCACGGCAGAUUUCUGGCAAAGCCGAAAAUCGCCUGUCCCUCAAAUCAUCAUACGACCGCCCCAGCGAGAGACAGCUCAGCAGAUGUUGUGUACUGUUCCUCGCAGCUACAGAUGUAGCUUGACAGUAUAGUUUAACAAAAGUUAGCAAAAUCAAGUAAAAAUCCCAAUCAGAUACAUUAUUCAUAAGGGCUUGAACACAUAAAUAUGAGGAUAAACAUAAACAUAAUUUCAGUAGCUGUGUUAAUGCCGUGUUGUGAGCUGAUACAAGGGCAACAAAUCAAUGAUUCGCCCAGAGCGAUUCAUGUGACUCCCUUCCGUAAGAGGCCACAUAACGGGAGAACAAUAAUAUCUUUAGCGCACCAAUGGAAAUUUCGAGCGAAGGACAUAUGGUACAAGUGUUCAUAAUUAUGCAAAUGAGAGAAUCCUGAACUUGCCCCUUAGCCGAAACAGCCCAUGCUCCAUCAGCCUGUUCUAUUCUGCGCUAGAUCAAAAAAUGAUGUUAAAAAGUAUUACAUAAUCGUGAAGUGCUAACUUUUAUAGCAGAGAAGACGAUAUCACGUAACAACGCCGAUAUGUAGCAGGUCGGACCCGUAUAGCUUACCGUUGAUGUGACAUAUAGGGAAUCUUUUUUUUGAAAGUCCAUGCGGUAGUGUGGCACCUAACUUGUCCACUUGUCCACUAGUACGAACAAAGUACGUUUGGUGUUUGACAAAAGACCAAACAUGCGCUAGUAAGCAUGGGGUAACUAUAUUGGGGAAAAAUAAGUGAACUAAUAAAUCCGAUCAGCUUCAAGGAUAGUAAGGGCGACAACUCCUAACAGACGACGUUAAGCAGAUUCUAUGCUCCAUAAAGCCUUUGUAAUAAUUUGCUUGAGCCCACAUCUUUGUUCGAAAAUAAACUGGCGGGGAUGUGCCCCUAUUCAAAACUAUCGCAUAACUAGGUUUGACUAACAAUCUGGAAUAGCUAAUGACCGGAUCCCUAACGAACUAGGCUAAUUUUAAAGUAUAGAUUCAUCUAAUUGUCUUCCGUAAGGGAUUUCUAACGAAAAUGCUUCGAAGGACCCUGAAAGCUUUACUUUCAAUUAGUCCGUAACACAGUAUGGACAAGGUGGAUCCUAUUGAAGCUCCGGCUAAUUAUAAAUCGACAAUUAUUGUGAUUUUAUUAGUUCAGAAUUUCCAUACAAUCUAAUGUAUCUGCUCUUCGCUUUCAAGCAGACCAGUAUGUGAACCGACUGUAAACUUAUGUCACUCCAUGAGCGUCCCGCCAGAUCCACUUAUCCAAAGCCGCCUACAGUUUCUAGACAACAUUUUGUAUUGUUUGUUGUAACAAUUUGUAUUGUAAGAUAUAUUCAUCUUGCCCUGCUGAACCUUUAUAGCAAGUACUAGAAAAUAGUUUUUUGUCGAUAAUGUCAAGUAUUGACUAUUAUUUAACCAUGUUUCACGCUUUUGUAACCUUUUACUUAUCAGUCUGUUAUGAAUUCGAGGUAAUAGUUUAACAAUGCUUCCGACACUCUUCCCGUACCGAGGGGUACAGGAUAGGAAAAUGAAAAAAAGGUCUGUUGUCAAAGAGGAGCGAUCACGAUAAGGGGUUUCCUCUGUCUUGCCAAACCGUAAAUUAAUCUUAAGCAGUUUAUUAUACGUUAGAAUUUUUCGUGAAACAAAGACAGUUCACAUUUACGAAAAAUAUUACUACCCAUGUAUAUGGGUCUUCUACACGCAUUUGACCACCCAGCCAUCGGUUCCACCACCAUAGGUUAAAUCUCUCGCUGUUGAAGUCAGGGAGAAAGGCGGGAAGGUGAAAAUAAAGAAAUGCACGCAGAAUUGCAAAAAUACGGAAAGAUAGACAGCAAAGUGCCGCUUGACGUCAAACCACCGAAAAAAAAUGUACACGCCUUUUGCAUUACAACUAUCAACGUUCUGCUGCCGAUGCCAAAUAUUGUGGCCGGUACCGUAGCUAUCGUCGAAGUUACGCUAGUCAGCCAGUUUAUACGGCAUUUUCGAACUUGUUGUACUCUGACGUUGGCUGGCACUGCAGGACGUUCACUGAUACUGGCCCAUCAUUUGACGCUGGCGGUGGAUGAAUGAGCAGCACCAGCGGCUUCCCUCGACUUUUCAUCUUUGCCCGUCGCUGUUACUGCUGCCUCGGAACUAGUGCUGCUCCUGCAGCGGUCAUACGUUCAUCUUUCUUUACAAAAGCGUCGCUCGCUUUCAUUAGUUUAAUACUGUCGAUCGACAACGUCAAAGCAGCAGCAGCAACAACAGUGGCAGUAGCCGCGGUUCAAAACCCUCCCUCGGCUUGACUCAGUUUUGCCACGAUGAAAUCGACCGAUCGCUGUGCCAACGAGCGGCAAGUAGCGAAGAGUCCCGCCACUUGCCUCUGCCGUCAGCAUCGAGGUUAUAGUCGUUGUCGAUAUCGGUCUAAGAAAGUAGUCGACAACCAGCGUAAUUCGAACGAAACGUCGAAGAGACGCUAAGAAAACGUCGAUGCGGAGAAUGCUAUGGCUGAAGGCGUUGGAGAAGAAAAAAAGAAAGGACGAGAAGGAGGAGUUAAACCCCCGGGAAGAUCGACGGCGAAAGAAGAGCUGGUGGCCGCAGCAGCGGCAGCUAACUGUAUCGUAGCAAGGCAAUUGAUUAGCGGAACCCCAAUAUGACCGCCACCCGCCUAACGAACGAAAGUCGCUGUUGUUUUGACUCGACGCUGAACAACCGUUCGAACGUAUAGAUGGACAUGCUUGGCAAAAGCUGAACGACGCUUCUACUGCAACGACUGGCACCGAGGCCGAAGCCUGCACGCCGCUGGCUUCCCUUCCUCGAAGCUUCGCUGUAUUACGCGUCGCCAAAUAAUUGCUAGAGCUUGGUUACCAGUUUUUGGUUAUUGCUGUUCAUUUGCUUUUCUUACGCAUGGAAAAGCAACAGAAACAGAAAUUUUCAGCUAUCAAAAGCUUCAUCCUUGAUGGCUGCGAAGCAAUCGUUUUGGCAAUUCGGUGAUACUCGAUACGUACAAAGUCGACUCAGCUGCAAAUAACUUGCACGUCGGGCUGUUGCCUGGUCGAUGCUUGUCACAGGCACCGCUUUUUUCGUGUUGAUAGAUGAGGGAUCGGUAGAGGUGGGUGGUGAGAUGGGCCGGCAAGCAGGUCGAACCGCCGGGGAACCCGGGCCUCCACUGGCGCCUCUGGGAACUUUGGGGGCUUCGCCGGCCCUUACCUCAUCUCAAGUUCCCCUAGCGCAAAAUGCCCAGCAGCAAACCCUAACAACAACAACGUCAACAUCAACCACUAACAACAGCAAUGCGCCACCUAGUUAUCCUCGGCCGUACGAAGGCCUACCAGCGAAGUUUGUCCAGUCAAUGAAGACACUAUUCGAUAUUCUCGAUGAAAAGGGGUCUGGCCUCGUGCCCCUCCGUGACAUCGAGAGUCGAUGGGCUCGACAAGCAAAUGCGCAAGUUAUUGAUCACUUGCGGGCUGUUGCCGAUCAAAACCACAGUCAGCUACUCAGCUUCGACAGACUCUGUCUGGCGUUGAAGAUGUCUUUACUAGCGGAUUCCCCGAAAUCAUCCUGCAAUAACAGCGUCUCAUCGGUGACAUCGGCAGGAAGUCCGGCCCCGCCAGUCUCCAUUACGGGACAAACCUCUGCAAUGAGUCGUGGACCCCUAGUACAGAAAAGUGGUACCGCAUUAAGUGGUCUGACACCCGCUACAGCAACAGCGGCUACAUUUGAAAACCAGGACUUCGAUCAUCGAAAGCAGGGCUCUAAUUCAUCGACAGCAGGCUUACUGGAGUCGUCAAGAUUCGCUUCGGUUGUCCCGCCGCCAGCGACUAGUGCUGUUACCGUACCAAACUCAACCACCGUGUCAUCCUCGCAAAUCACCCCACAGUCAACAGGUGCUUCGCGCCUUCCAAAAUUCGGAAGCAACAACAAUUCGCAAGCGCAAAUUAGCUCUGAACUGAACAAGUCCACUACAGAUAGUGGCUCAAUAGGCAUUCGUGCAGCUAGCGUACCGCCUACGGCGGGAGAGUCUUUUCUACGACAGGAAAAUGGAACGAACGUCGGCCGUUUAGCCGGUGCUUCAUCUGGGGAUUUAACCAAGUUGAAUUCCUCGUUCGAGAAUCAGUUUGACGCUGCGCCCGGAUCUCGCGGCUGCACAAGUAGAGCAACAAGGGUUUUGCCUACCCCUAGUUCACAGGGACAUGCGCAACAAACGCAACGAUCCAUGUUGCUGCCACCGUCUUUGGUUCGGCCUCCAACGGUGAACACAAACCACUUAAACGGUGACAAACCCAUUUCGCGUGCUGGGGUAGUUUCGCUUGGAGAAUCCCGUCAGCCUCCACCUCAACCCGGUCAACAACAACAAAAGCCUGGUCCCCCGCCUGGCCCUUCGCCAGGAUCAACAAAUCUUCGACGCAUCGUUCGGCCGCCGAGCGAAACCGCUGAGACACACAGGGCCUCGCUAAAUUCUUCUGGACCUGCAGCAAGUCUAGCAGUCGGCACACCAUCGGGCCUUUCAGGCCGGUCGCGCACUCCCGACAAUUUUUUGGAGAACUCGAGUGGCCAUCAGCGAACUAUCAAACCACCCAUGAUGAGGUCGGUCAGUAGUAUCGCCGAAUCGCAAGCUCAGAAGCAGCAAACCCUUCACGGAUCAGCGGAUUAUACAGGCCAGAGUUCAGGUCUGUCGGGCUUACCAGCCAACAGAAAGCCAUUUCCAUUACCUGGUUUGGCUACUGGAGCAGUUCCUGUCCUGAAGUCGAUGAGUUCUGGAGGCCUUCAGUUGGGACCACCUCUAGCUCCCCCACCUGCACGCCGAGCCCAUUCCGUUAUGCACGAAGUAAUUAGUUCGGCCAGUUCGUCCGCCCAAGGACAGGCCCAGCAUCACAUACAGCCGCCAUCUGCAAAUUCGAUGCAGAGUCAUCAGCAAUCGCGCCACAACGUAGGUGCGAAUGUACCGGUUAGCACGCAUUCGCACGGCGGCGCAACAGAGCGUCAUCACCAGCAACAGCAGUGCUCGGCGCAACAAACGUCAGGAGCUUCAUCAGCAACGCCCUCUACUUCUCUGAUGACAGCUAGUAAUAACGUUCCAGCUGGAAAUUCAAGCAAGCUAAGAGAAAAUACCAGUCACUUACCUACCUCUGGUGGUGCAAUGCUUGCACCAAUUCAAACCGAACCCGUUCUUACGGCAAAUAAGGUGAUGCUGGGCUCUGGUUUAAAUAAGGUUUCAUCUGUAAAGACGGCUUCACAGAUGCGUUGUCCUCCAGGAUCUUCACACUACGGACACAUGCAGACGCAACAGCAGCAUACACCAUCGUCGAUUGGUAACGCUGGUUCAAAUCGCACAGGCAACCAUCACGGGCCUGCUUCUGGUCAGACUGGGUUUCUUCGAAGUUCUGCUGGACAACGGGACAUUUCCGCUAUGGUAAGAGCUAUUCCCUGUCAACCUGCAACUGCCAAUGUACAACAGGUCCCGCCACAUAAGCAAACCCAAUCACAACCUCCACAGCAACCGCAAACGCCAACACAACAGGCUCAAUUCCAAGUACAACAAGUACCUCUCCGACAGAUGAUCCUUCCGCCCGGUGGUCUCAAGCCCGAGAAACCACCACGUAGAAGAGAGCCACGGAGACACACCUUGGCGCACGGUAUUGAAUACGGGAUGAUCAGGCGUCUGAAACUUCUUGAAGAAGAGCGUGAAGUUCUUCAAAAAGGUCUACAGGCCGUUGAGCGCGCACGAGAUUGGUACUUACGACAAGUCGGUAAUGUCCAGGAUAAGCUACAAGCCACAUCUCAUGGAUAUGCCAAUCCAGAAUACUCCAUUGAUACACACGAGGAACGUCUCCGCCUACAGAUGGCUCGGAUCAUGGAUGUGAAUCAUCGGCUCGCGGCAUUAGUUGAGAGCGGGGACAAAGCGUCGUUUCCGCUUCACAUGAAUCUCGCCCUUUUGUCAAUCAAUAAUUUCCAUAAUAUCAACUAUUCGCAACUUCAACAGCAACCACAACGACAUCAUACCGCGCAUCAACAGGUGGCGGCAAAUGCGACAGAAAUUAAGCGUCUACAAGAGCACAAUGCGAAACUAAGCACCGAGUUGGAAAAUCGACAAGGCAUAAUUAGACAGCUGGAAACAGAGAAGGCUCAGCUGCUAAGAGAGUUGUUUGCGGCCAAAGCGCAACAGGCCCAAGUACAGGCUCAGGUUCAGGCCCACACACAACGGUUUCGGAACCAAUCGAACGGACAAUCACUACCCGAUACAAGCCUUAUGUAGGUCAGGUGGAAUCGUAAAGAAACUUUUCUGUUCUUGCAAAUGCGCUAAUUUCGCUUUGCAAACGCCGCACGCAAAGUUACCCAUAAGUAAACUGUCAGCAGUAACUACGUUUAUAGAUAUAUUGUUAACCCGAGUAUAGACAUUCUUGAGGUUUGCUAUCAAAAACAAUGGACAAGAGGUGCAAUAAUACUCUUUCAAAAAAUCAUGCAAGAUUAUCGCUACUAUUUGGUUAUGUCAAGAUGACUGGGAGGAAAACCAAAGCGAAUCGACGGCAUAGAAUUCACCGAUUUUGAAUACGGCCGCUCAUUUUAUAAUAGAAUUCCUUUCUACGACGAACUUUUUCUCUUCACCUUACAGUAGAAACGUUAUUAAAAUAUAGUGACACAUGUUUAGUGGACUACUUUUAUUACACUUACGUUUUUGUAGUCGACUGGAGUGACUGCGCUGAAGUUUGCGCACUCUACGGUUCGCGGUGAUCCCAGCACCCUUUAUGUUUCUUUCGCCUUCGGAAUAACAAAAAGCGGUAUAUGCUGUGCGCUGUACAAAGAGUUAGCUAGCCAUGGGGUUCGUUUUUAACUAAAGGUUUGUACUUUUUAUUGCAAUCUGUAUAUGUUUUGUAUAUGUGUGUACUUUAGGUCCCCGUCUAGUAAACAGUGUCCAGAGAACGGUAUUGGUGCCAAAAAUCUAUCUAUAUGUAAUGAUAAUUUUCGGAUCCGAUCGUGAGACCCUUCGAAGGUUUGGCCCUUCUGUUUGAAGUAUAUAGCAGUUUGUUUAAGCUGAGUUUCUACAACAAGCUGUUGAAUAAUCGUAUUCAGGGACACACACUGGGCGUCUAUAAAACCAUAUAAGAACAGCAAUGCACACCUGUGACACAGCAAACUUGUAAAAUUUUCUCACUAAGUAUUGCAUGUUCGAAAUAUGUUAUAAUAAGGCGAUUAGACGGCUAAUUGCUCAAUAUCGGUAACAACAUGUAAUUAGUCUACUAAUUGUCUUUUUGAUAUCGGGAAUAAACAUGCACGCACACACACACACAAAGAGAAAAAAAUGAAAUCAUGAAUCGAGCUAUGCCCAAUAGCUCUAAAAAAUAUAAUUUUUCUUUUGCUAUCAGAAAACCUACUAAAGUCUAGUUUUUAGAGGUAAAGCUUCUGAUCAAGUGCCAAGAUAUUUCAUUUUUCUCUACCCGAUCAAAUCCUCAAUUUAUAAACUCAUUAUCAUGUCAUAGUAUCGACCUUAAUUCACGCUGUAACUACGAGGAAAUCGAGUUUCCAUUCUUCAUCGGGAGCUUGCGUCCUUCAGGGAGCUCAAUGUCUAUGCAGUAGAGAUAGGACGGAAAGCACAAAACUAUAUUAUGCUCCGGAAAGGACAAAAACUGACCCGUCCUAGCCUCGCCUAUUUUAAUUUUUGAGCUUUUUUCUUUAAUCUUUUAUCAUUAUUGAGCGAGGUCGAAAUGGGACUGCUUCCUUUAUAAAAACUCUAUUCAAUUUUGUUCGAAUAAAUAGCAAAGGUUACCCAAGCAGUUUGGUCAGUCAAUACGAAGAUUGAAUGAACCUUAUUUUAAAAUGCAAUAAGUGUAAUGUAGGAGCCUUGCAAUUUAUAACCUACAUGAAUUCACUGCAAAAAAUUUGGUCUCACAUUUUUUUUUCUUAAUAAAUUUACCAAAACAACGAAAUAGAAAUGUCACAAGUCGUUUGUGAAAGUUGGAUGAGCGGCCAGCUUCUUGCAAGCAGCCACGUUACUGCUUUCUCGAACUGCGAAACAGACAUAUAUCGGUUUUACCACCAUAGCUAAGUCUGCGAUGAUUGAUGAUGAUUUAUCUGAUAUUUAUAUUUUUCGAGCUUAAUUUUAAAGCCUUUUAUUUGUUUAGGCCAUUAGAUUGUUAAGAUGUAUCUAUGUAAGGGAAAUAUUACAUAUAUAUGUAUGAAAUUAACUUAUUUAUACAUAAAAUAUUCCCAUCUGUGAGCAGCUUUUUAGCUGACGAUGUUCAAAAGCAUGUACGAUUUCAUCCGUCUAUGUCUGCUUCCUUAAAUACAUGAAUAUAUGUUAUUAUUAUUAUAUAUAAGAAAUGUAUCUCAUAAAUGGCAGUGGCUGUGAAGUUUCGCACACAGUAUUUUGUUCUAAAAUGAUACAGGGGAUAGUGGUGUUAUCGGUGUUAUGUACGUAUACAUACAUAUAACGUAUUUGGUAAUUAAGAAAACAGAUGACACAAGAAUUGAUAAUUUAGUAGUAAUACAAUAUUACAAUAGUAACAGUAGUAGCAAAAAAUUGCUACUACUACUAUUAAUGUAGUCGAUUUUUCUAAUAGUGUUUUUAUACAAAAACUGAAUGUGACACAUAUGUUAAACGUUGUCAAUAACUGGUCAGACGCAAAAAGGUCGCUAAAAUAAACAUGUUAUUUGAUA